AUGAACUCGCAAAUAAUUCAGUUAACCAGUGUGAAAUCCAGAAACAUGAUGCAUAAUCUCAACCUCUUGGUAAUUUUUUUGCUUUUGUGGCAAUUUGCCAAUUCCAUGUAUAUGUCUAACAGUACGACUAAGUUUGAUAAAUCGGAAAUGUCAGGCACCGAGCUUAAUAUAAUUGGUGUAGCUAAAUUUGCUGCGCAAGCUACAAACUUUCCAAUACAAAUUGGCACCAAAUUUUAUCACAUGGAGACAGAAGCGAAAUUAAAUUGGUUUGAAGCUGCUAACAAAUGUCGCGAAUUAGGAGGCUAUUUGCUUAAUAUUGAGAGCAGUGAGGAAAUGGACGCAUUCUUAUCCCUUUUACCAACGGGGGACCAAUUCCUUUGGACAUCUGUGCAUUGUCUGGCAGGAAAUAGGAAGUUUAUAUCAGUAACCACUGGAGAGCCCAGUUUUAUGAGAUGGCAUGAUGGUGAGCCAAACAACAUGGGCGGGAUUGAAGACUGCGUGGAGCUCAAAACCAGAACUAUCUUAGAAGGUAUUGCUUUUAAUGAUGUACAUUGUCAGAUAAGUCGCAACUACAUAUGCCAAGCUAAAACUGUAUAA